AUGUCUAUGAACAACUGGAAUCCCUUCCAAACCCCCAUCAGUCUGGAUGCUGAUACCUCCACUCAUUCCAAUGGGCCUGGCCUGAAUAACAUAUCACCAUCAAAUCCAACAGCUGGCUUGAGCUUCCCAAUGAACCGUGCAGUGGGCAAUGGACUAUCGUCAUUCUCGAGCAAUGGAACUUACUCAGCGCGUCAAACUCCUUCAUUUGGAUACCAAUCCUCUCAGCGAGUGACAUCCCCUUUCCAUCAGGCGCCACAAGCAAUACAGACUCCUGCACCAAUUCAGCCGCCGUCUUCGUCAUCAUUUUUUGACUCGUCGUAUGGCCGUUCAAACAGCCGCACAAAUUACGGACUGCAGUCUGGGUCAAACUUCGGAGAUGCAAAUGGAUUUGAUUCGAAAUCGUCCACUAACGGCUGGGGUGUCAAUGGUAGCAUUUACCAAAAACCGAAAACGUACACAACGGCGCCAUUCCAAGCACCGGAGCAGUUUGGAAUGUUCCAACGCAACUCCGGUUCUUUUCGAGGACCUUCUCAAACGUCUCCUCCAAUUCCAUCUGGAGGCGGUGGAGAUAUCUUCUCGCAAGCUGAUAUGUUCAGCGUUGAUGCCAUGUCUGGCCGCAAGCAAAAUCACGAUGACUUCAAAACAUCCCGUUGGGAGAAUGGACCAGCACGUGGAGAUGCUCCCCAGGGUGCUAGGGAGACGGGCAUUAUUGAAAAGCUGCUUCAUAGUUACGGGUUCAUUCAAUGUUGCGAACGCCAAGCCCGUCUUUUCUUCCACUUCAGCCAAUUCGAAGGCAUCAUUGAUCAUUUGAAAAUUGGUGAUCCGGUGGAAUUUGAGAUGACGUAUGACAGAAGGACAGGGAAACCAAUCGCUUCCCGCGUUGCGAAGAUCUCCUCCGAAGUUGUUUCACAGCAGAUGCAAGGAGAAGAACGCGUGAUGGGAACUGUCACCACCGAAAUAAUGGUGGGAUCUGCGCCUGGAAGGCAAGAGAUAAAUGGCAGGAUAUCGUACGAAAAUCGUGGGGAGUGCUUCUUCCUUCCUUAUGGACGAAAUGACAUCGAAGGCCAUGUUACUCUCAGUGUUGGAGACCGCGUCUCUUUCUUGAUCGCAACUGAUCAGAGGACCGGAAACUUGGCAGCGAGGUGCGUCCGACUAGAGAAUCCUGCAGCUCCUGUUCGCUACCGAGGGAUCAUUGGCUCUAUAUCCGGCGACUCCGGUUUUAUUGAACGUGGUGACGUGGUCCGCCAGAUUAGGUUCCUCGCUCAAGAAUUGGAAGAAAACAUCAAAGUCGGCAAUCACGUUGAAUUCUCCAUUCAGACAUCUAAUGGGAAAGAGUUGGCUGCUGGAAUAAAACGUCUUCCCGAUGGCACCGUUGUGUUCGAAGAUAUAGAUGCAGAGAUGGUCCGGGGUCAAGUUCUGAAGACCGCUGAACGUAGAGACAGCCCUGAGGUUGGGACAUUGCCGCCACUGUAUCCCACGCACAAUGGAAAUGGUGACGUACAUAGUAUGUCUGGAAAAUGGACCCCGCCAAUGAUGAGCGGUCCUUCUGUCAUGCCGUCUACUGCAAACCAAGGACGUGCAGCUUUGCUAUCCGGUCGAAUUCGCUACAGAGGAAAGGAUAGAUCGGAAGUGGAGAUUCCCUUCGGCGAAGCUGAUCAGAAAGGGAGUUAUUCUUUGAGGCAUGGUGAUUGGGUGAGUUUCCACAUCGCUACCGAUCGACGUGACCAGCAGCAACGUGCAACCAGGAUCACAUUGAAUGAUGAAUCCUUCGUUGUUUCGGGCGAGAAACGUGAACAGGGGAUCGUUCGCAGUGUAGACAAGGUGGAAGCUGAUGGAAAACCUGCCGAAGGCAGCAUUGACUGCGUUGAGCGCGACGGUUUGGUCCACUUCAGCGUGAAGGAACUCAUGGAUGAAUCCGUCACUAUUGCUGUUCGGGAUGAAGUGGAGUUAACUGUUGGAUCAGAGUGGAUGCAUGCAGGACGCGCUACUGCCUUGCGAAUCAAAAUUCUUCCGCGUGGAUCAGUCAAUUUCAAAACUGUUCUCAAAGAGGGAUUGAUUGGGGAAGUUGUUAGCGAGCCCGGCAAGAAAGACAAGCAGCCUGGUCGUGUUGUUAUGGAGGAUGGGAGCGAACUUCCAUUUGAAGAAACAGAAAUCGACGAAGAUAUUCUUGUCGAUCAAGGUUCUGGAAAGCCUGAAGUUGGGGAUAAGGUCAAGUUUGACGUUGUGCAAUGCAGGAAGACCAAGAAGGUUCUUGCUGUGCGAGUGGAAGUCAUUGAAGCUCGCCCGCCGCUGUUUGAUCCGAACACCGAAAUGCCACCUCUUCCUCCAAGCCCGCUCCUUGAGGACAUCAUGCCAGUAAAUCUGGCUCCCAUUCUAGCUCCCGUUCCGGACACAUUGCCAUCUCCACUGAAACCGACACAGCUUACAUCUCUUCAUCCUGGGUCACCAGUCUCUAACGGGAGUUUGGUCAAAAUAGACGCCGUUGACGAGUAUAAUCGCAAAGAAAGAUUGAUGAAAGCUGGUUCUGAGGCUUCCGGAGGAAAGCGAACUGGGGAGUUACUGCGUGGAUACAUCACUGGGGUGAAAGAUGGUUUUGGCUUCAUCGAAAAAUUGACAAGGGAUUCCGAUGUCUACUUCAGACUCGAUGCUUUCAAAGGAGACGCUAGCUCGUUGGAGGUAGGCCUGGAAGUUUUGUACGUCCUUAGCGAGAGGAAGCACCAGUCGGGGCGUGAAUCUGCAGAUUAUGUCACACCUGCUCCAACAGUAGCACAGGUGGCUGGCGGGAAUGCGGCUGUCGUGAAACCAGAGAUUUUGUACGGUGUGGUCAUGCGUCCACUUAAGUCGGGAAAUGUGGACCAAGCGGAAUAUUGUGGUUUGAUCAGGAAUGGAACAGCUGAUGAUAGCGAUGGCCUGACGUACGAAUUCGGAGUAACCAGUGUAGCCAAACGAGUUCAACUUCAAGCAGGAGAUGCUGUUCAGUUUCAAGUUGAGGUGUCCACUGGGAAAGCUGUGAACGUCAAGCCUUGCCGUACGAAGUUGCGUUCAAUUGUGGAUAGUGUCAAAGGGGCUUACGGCUUCCUGUCGUAUGAAACUGAUGAGGGGAAGAAGUUAUACUACAAUCAAAGUGAUGUUAAAGACAAGACCAAUCUCCAAGUUGGUGAUCAUGUGGAGUUUGAACUCAACACGAAGCGUAAUGGCAAGACUUCUGCGUGCGACAUCGUCAAAAUCACAGAUAACCAGCGUCCCGAACGUCUGAUCAGCAAAUUGCGUGGGCUGAAUCUCGGCGGCGAUGGGAAGCGCCUGAAGGUCAUCCGUCAGCCACGUGGACCUGAUGGCACGAAGGGUUUCCAGCCUCGUGGAUCGCAAGUUGACGUUCCAGUUCUACUUGGUACUUCUCCGCCAUCAUCUCCGGUUUCUAUGGCGUCGUCCACUUCUUCGUAAGCGCCUGCGGCUCGAAUAACUUCAUGAAGUUCUGCUAUGGGCGUCAUCGCCGUGUCGUGGGAUGGUUCACUUCGAAGUUCAUGUGUUAGCUUAGUUUUGCUGAGUAUAUUUUUUCGUAAACGUCAACAAUGCCGUAUUGAUCGGCUCUGUUCUGUUGUCAGUUGCCGGUGCUGGACGGAAUGUUCCGAAAAGUUUCAUCACUGGGUUAAAUAACUCACGAUUCCUGUAAUGAUAGUGUUGUCAAGUCCUGUGUUGUAGAUAUUGAGCUGGUGACCUAUGUCGCUUAGUGAACGUCAAAACGUUCAUUGAUUAUUCCAAUGCUGUGCUGCUAUCCUUGUUUCCAACUCUCCAAUGUGAAAGCUACCCCCAGAAUGCU